CACUGACGGAUGCUUACCCUGUGGCAGUUUUUGCAGAACGAUUUUAGGUGCAUCCAACAUCCACGCAGCAUACAACUGUUCAGGUGCUUCGCACGAUGGCCACAAAACGCCCUGCCCCCGACUCUGCGCCUACAUCUCGUCCAUCAUACAAGCGCCAUCGCACGAACAACUCACAAAGCCAUAAACCGUUGCCCGCCAACCUGGGCAGUAAAUCGUUCAAGAAAGCCCACACCGUGAACGACCUUAAAUCCAAUAUUCGCUCACUGCGUCGCCUGCUGACAGGUCCCAAAUCUGCCGCAUUGCCUGCUACUGUUCGCGCAGAGAAGGAGCGAGCCUUACGUACUGCCGAGCAAGACCUGGCCCGCGAGCAGUAUGCGAAGAAGCGAAACGACAUCAUUGCAAGAUGGCACAAGAUCAGGUUCUUCGACCGGCAGAAAGCAGAGCGACGUCUGAAAAAGGCGCGCAAGGCAUUGCGUGACGAUGAAGACAACGAAGAACUGCGAGAAAAAGUCAAAGAGAGGGAGAAUGAGGUGAAUUACGCUAUGUACUACCCACUGGAUCAGGAUUAUGUGCCGCUUUUUCCCACGAGGCGGAAGAAGGACGAGGAGCAGGACGCGACUGCUGAGCAGCCUGGUGGAGAAAUUGAACGUCAAGGCGACGGAGAGAUGUGGGAGGUGGUGAAGAGAUGCGCGGAGGCUGGAACGCUGAAAGACCUGCGUGAGGGGCGGCUGAAAAACGGCGAGGCGGAAGACCCAGGAGAGGACAAGACGAGCAAAUCCGAGCUGAGCCACACUUCACACGGGCCAAGCAAACAGAAAGGUCAACAGACCGCCGAAGACAUGGACGACGGAGAGGCACCCGAGGACGACAGUGACAACGAAAGCGGUGGAGACUUCUUCGAGUGAAAUUUGCAAGUAACGGCUCCGAACACAUUGAAGUGGAUAAAAGGUUGCACUGGUCACAAGACAAGAUCUGCUCAGGGGCACUUUCUCCAGGUCUACUUCCAACUAGUCGUGCUGCCAAUGUCUGCGUUCACCCAACCCUCGAUACGCGACGCUACGUCUCCCACCAGGCGCUCGUAUCUUUCGUCCACAAAGAACAAACCGCAAUGCGCUCCAACCUCGUCUACAUUCUGCAUGAAUACUCGAACCCAACAAGGAUCUCGCUCGCCGUUAGAGUCCUUGGGCGGCAGCGUGCAAAACAUCCGGUCCUUCUUUGGC